AUGUCAGAGAAAAGUUUCAGACAUUGUGCUCCUCCUUGUUCGCGUUUUAUCACGAGCAAUGAUACGCAUGAUCUCUGUGUAGUCUGUCUGGGAGCGGAGCAUGCACAGUCAGCGCUCGAGGGAGCUGACUGUGAAGCCUGUGGACUUUUACCACAGCGUACGCUCCGUUCCCGCUUGGCACUAUUUGAUAAGCACGGCCAGGUGCGAGCUCCGCGUGGUGGCGGUCCCGCUUCUGCCGAGGCAGAGCGGAAACUUCGCUCGUGGGGCUCGCAGAUGGACGUCACGGAGGCUGAAGAGACAUGCUCCGGCUUCUCUUUGCCCUCCGUGGCUUCCACCUCUCUCUCUGCUGAUCCGGUUUUGCAAUGUUCUGCAUCUGAGGAUGUAGACAUAACUAGUAUCGAAGCAGGAGAGUUAGAUUAUGUUCCCCCUCUUGCUGCUUCGGUACACGCCGAUCUGGUGGAAGUCAUGACAGCUGCGGUAGCCCAACUGACAAUAGAGUGGCCGCAAGAUAAACCGAACGCUCGUCCUGAGAAUAAGAUGGACGAGCGAUGUCUUAAGCAUAGCACAAAGCCCACACGACGCAAACUCCCUUUCUUUUCUGACCAGCAUCAAGAGGUUUGUAGGUCUUGGCAGCAUCCUUAUACAGCACGAGUGUUCACGCCACAGACCUGCAUUUACUCUAAUGUUCAGGGCUAUAAAGAACGAGGUCACGGGGCGAUGCAGAGAAUAGAACAGACGCUUGCGAGCUAUCUGUCUCCAUCCACGGCUUCGUCCCUAAAAGCCCCUACCUUGCCAUCAAAGCCAUGCAGGGUGACAUCGACUUUAAUCGGCAAGGCAUAUGCGGCAGCAGGGCAGUCCGGGGCAUGCUUACACUCUGUGGCACUACUUCAGGCGUAUCAGGCGGAUGCGCUACGUGAAUUGGUCGACACAGGACUGGUGGCGGCGGAUGUUUUACAACCCGUCCGUUAUGCUAUGGAUGUUUCUCUCCGUGCUACUCGUGAAGCUGCCCGUUCUUUGGGCCGCUCCAUGGGCGCUAUGGUAGCCACUGAGAGGCAUUUAUGGUUGAACCUGUCAGACAUGAAACCAUCUGACAAAUAA